CCAGUCAGCAAGAGUUCCAGUCAGCAAGAGUUCCAGUCAGCGAGAGUUCCAGUGAGCAAGACAGAUUCCGAGAGAAGCAAUGGAAUGUUUCUCGUGGAAAGCGCUUCUGUCUCUCGCUGCUAUACACUGCCGCGGGUGGCUGCGGCUCGCCUGGUUUUGAAAUAGCGACUUAGAUUCUUCUGGAUUCGCAUCGCCCCUUUUCCCGCAAAGCGGCUGCGAGGCGGCGAGGAGCUGUCACGGUACACUGCUGGAUCGAUAUGUUUAUACCGCGGAUGCGGAAUUCAGCUGGGAGGACACGGGUAACCGCAUGCGAGCCAAGGAGCGGGGUGGGUGGUGGACGGGGUAUGUGCUGCGGGUGACAACUCAGCGGUGGCUCAACGAAUCCGUUACAGACAGAUCCGUUUGGUGGCAUUAUCUAUCGCUUAUUGCGCCAGACCACAUGCGGAACGCCAGCAAGGGCCUCGUGCUCUUCUUCGUUGGGGCUGGGUGGAGCGAGCACGGCAGAGGCGAGCGCGCCUACCACGUGCCAAAAACGAAUGACGUCUUCAUCCGCCUUGCUGCGCCUCUGGUGGUGGACCUCGGAAUCCUAGGCGUGAUGCUGCACCAGGUGCCCAUGAUGCCCGUCACCUUCUACUCCAGCCCGCCUGGCAUCAGCAGCAACAAAAGCCGAAAGCUAGUGGAAGAAGAGAUCACAUCCUUCUCCCUCGCGAUGGCCAUUCACGACACCAGCACGCCCGAGUGGCCCAUCUACAUGCCCAUGGCCAAGUCUGUCAUCCGAGGCAUGGAUGCCGUGCAGCUGGCGGUUAGAGAGAUGCUGCCACAUGUGCCGGUGGAAGCGUUUGUGACUAUCGGCGUGAGCAAGCGAGCAUGCAUGGCGUGGCUCUCUGCUGUUCUUGACAAGCGAGUGGUUGCCUUCAUAUCCUACGGCUACGAUCUCAUCAACUUUGAGCCCAACAUGCAGCAUCUUCUAGACUCCGUGGGCGCCGUGCCCAUCAUGGGCAGGUCGUAUGUGGACUACAACCUCACUCGCAUGCUGCACUCGCCACAGCUGCACCGAAUCAUGAGCUACACGGACCCGUAUUUCUUCCGGGACCGUCUGACGAUGCCCAAGCUGCUCAUCUCCGCCUCCAACGACGAGUUCUUCUCCAUGGACGACUCGUACUAUUAUUUCCAGGACCUUCCAGCUCCUGCGCUGCUCAAGAUCGUUGCGAACCUCGACCACAUGGUCAUCCAGAUGUCCCAAUGGGCCUACGAUGCGUCCAUUUCCUUCCUCUCCUCUCUCCUCCACGCCAACUCCUCCUGUGCCUCUCUCCCCGCCUCCUCCCGCCCUUCCCUCACCUGGACCCGCCCCACCACCCCCACCACCGCCACCACCCCCACCACCCCCACCACCCCCACCACCGCAUCCUCCCUCAACCUCCAACCUUCUUCCAACACUCCUACUACACGUGCCUUUCUGAGCGACCUCCCCCAUGUUGGCUCAACGUCUGGCUUUCAAGACGCUGAGGCAGCCGCAGUGGCGGCAGCAGUACAGCCCACCCCUUGGGGCUGCGUUCCGAAGCUGCCAGCUGUCGACUGGCCUCAGCUGAGGUGGCGGUUUGAUUGGCCCACGUUCACCAUCCAUGCCACGUCAGACAGGAAGCCAUUGGCUGUUAGAGCGUGGACAGGGCGCACCUUUCCGGGCAGUAAGCGCAGGGACUUCCGGUUCAUAGUCAAGCAGGGAAUCACAGGGUGCACCGUUCCCUUCAAGAUUCCACCUCCCGACUAUGUGGCAACGUUUGGCACACUGUGCGUGCAGCCCAUCCCGUUCCUCCUGCACACAGUCACACCGCCUACAGUGCAGCCAGAUGGUCUCUGGCACUUCACCUCCACAAUCCAAGACAUUCCCAAGGUGGGCUAUCGAGCACUGUUCAUUGAAGUUGAUUUCAAGCAUGGGCCCUUCCACAAGCCUUUCGUUCUCACCACUGAAGCCAUGAUAGCACCAAACACGUUUCCCUUUGCCCCCUGUAAUAGCACAGCUUGCUUGACCCUCUUUGCAUAAGCUUGCCAUAGUAGUGUGUUGCAAUGGAUAGUGCAAAGCUAGUAGUCACAUCGAAAUGCGGCAUUUGGGGUAAAUUCCUCUGCGCGUCCCGGUCUGGAUGUGAGGUUGCGUCCAAAUACGCGAUCUACACAUAAUUGCAAGCUGGUUUUGCAAUCUGCAAUGAAGGGAUCCCUUGUGU